AUGCCAGUCUUUCUGGCUGACGGCUCGGUCGUCGGCGAUGGUAGCCAGAUCGGCAUGUUUCCCGUCCUGGCCGACGAACGGCUCGACAAACCUGCCACUUUACUGCGCACUUCCGCCAACCCUCGCAUGGACCUUGUUCUGCUAAUCGUCAGGGAUGCUGCCGCACAAGCAGUGCCAGCUGCUACCGCUCCUCCUGGAAUGUCAGCUGCUCAAUUUGCACUCGUACAGCGCAUGCUUGCUGCUCGACAACGUGGUGCACAGGCUUCCAGUGCUCAAGGCGUACCGGAGCCAAAGCGCGGACCUCAGGUUCACCUCGUUCUCUGGCGGAUGGGCGAUGAUAGCAGCAUAGUCUGGUCUGUAGCUCUUAGCUUUGACAAGGCCAUGGAUUUCGCUCCUACUGCCGCUGGUGCGUCCCAGCAAGAACAUGAGGAUCUUCACCUUCACGAUGUCGUUUGGAGUCCAAAGGGUGAUCGCUUAGCCGUUCUCGUAAGCAUGAAAAGAUCUCCAGUUUCCUCUCCCUCGACCGAAAGCUCGCGAACGACAACAUUCUUGCGUACCUACUCCGUCCAAGAUGGCCGCCUCCUUUCCUCCAUUCCUGUCCGUUUCAGCCCCGAAAACAAAAGCGACAGCAACCACGACCAUUUCGCAGAUCCAAUGGCUCUGAGCUGGCUUGAUGUCGACCUUGGACUUCCGAACGAUGCAAUCGAUGGUAGCAGCGAAUCUCUCCUCACCAAGUUCUCACCCCUGCCCGUACUACCGGCAGAAGACAGCUUUGCAGCCACAGGAGGCGCGAGUAACCUCAUGCCCCAUCAGCUCAGAAUGAUGCAGAUGAGCGGUCAAAAGCCUCCACCCGGCUUCCAAUACCCUUCGAAUCUCGCACUGCAGGGCAGAGGGCCUCUGGCAAGUAUACCUCGUCUGGCCAAGGCAGACGCCGAUCUGCGUCUCUUGGAAGGUGGAGCUGCCUCGCUUGCCCUUGACGCGGAUCGUGCGCUUCCAUUAUCACCCGAAAGUGUCGUUCUUGUUUCCCAUCCGCAAAACGCUUGGGUGGAACUCGUCUUGGAUGGACAGGCUGAAAUUGGCACUGUACGGCUUCCAAAAGUCGCGCAGGACAUGCAGCAACACGCGCGAUGCAUGUGCCUGUCCUCCGUGCUCUCGCUCUCGCACGACAUGGCUCAAGUCGUCUCGAUUUCUACGUCUGCUGAUUUCACCCUUUCUGAUCUCAAGCUGAGAAUGCCUCUGCCAGUGUCAACUCGGUAUGGCCCGUCCAGCACACGCCGCAGGAUCGCUGCGGUCAGUCGCGCAGGCCAUCUCCUGCACUUCUACCUCGGCUACGCUCUUGACACUGCCUCUGCCAUGCAGCAGGUGUAUCAGAAAGAAUUCGUGCACAAAGUUACGAACGAGUGGUCAAAAAAUAUUGAAGACCUCAGCAUCAGGUUUGGUGGGGACAUGAAGUACGAGCUGGUCAACGUUCUCCUUACUGGUCGUGCAGGUCCGGCAGCGGAGCAGUUCCUGCUCGGGAACUUGACAGAAGGCGUGCUUUCCCGCCUUGAACAGCAAGCCAUGGCGGCCACGUACACGCUCAAGAAGCUCAUAUCAGAAAAUCUAAAGCCAGCCUUGGAACGCUGUAUCAUCUGUCUUGCCGGUCUUGUGGGUCAGACGCAAUUCUAUGGCCAAAACGAUGAGGCGUUGCAGCAAGCGCUCAAGAUCCUUCAGUCCUCGCUCGACUCUACUCUGAGCUUGGCGCAAGAGGUCGAUUUGGAAGCACUCAUCUCGCAAGAAUUUUACAGGUGGUGUAGGACCGAAAGAGAAAGGCAAGAGAGGAUCAAACAAGAUCAAGACGAACCUAGAUUGCCCGUCACGUACGAUGUUCACUGUGUGGCCGCUUACAUUGAUAGAGGUUUCGAAAACGAAGAGAUGCAUGCAAGACUGGGCAAUGAUCUCUCGUCUCAGGCGCUCGAAGAAACUUCUACCGAAGCACGAAAGGAGCCAACGUUGAAGGAGGCUCUAGAAGGAGCGAAAGUAUUCCUGGCUAGCCCUAGUGCCAAGAGCAUUGAAGCAAAACCACCGCAUGAGCUAUCAGAGAGAGAGAGAAUCGCGACACUCGCCAUCGUGCCCGCGUUGACUAAGGCGGUCGAGAUCCUUGGCGGUCAAUUGACACAACUGCUUCGUGCCGACUUGGACCAAUCAGUGGUCGAGGAGACAAGUUCUUGCCUGGUAGCAAGCAAUAGUUGGAGUCUGGCACGAGAGCCAGCUCCGGCGCUGUCCCUGUCCUCUCUGACUGACGUUCAAGAGCGUACAAGUCGCAUCUGCACAGCGUCUUUCGUGGGUGGCGAGAUCUUGUUUUCUGCGUACAUUCUUCACUCCACGUCCAAGAAAACUCCGUCUCGCGAUUCAGUCCUCGUGGUCCGACGAGACACCGUGUCAGAUCGAGACGCUCUCACUUCUGCGCAUUUCUCAAUUUCCGGCGCCGACGACCUCUCUAUCCUCGACCUCGGUCUCUACGGUGAUGCAGAGCUGCUCGUCCUUGCGACGCUACCGUCCACGUCGGUGGCCAUUUUGCUCGCUUUUGAUCUCGCCGAUAUACCGUUGACCCAUCAUCGCGACAUUGCAAACGAAGCCGUAGCCACAGUCACACCGACUCGCGCUACGGAGUUCGAGAAGGACUUCAAACCAGCCAAACUCGCCGUCAACGUCAACAAGCAGACGGUAGCCGUGAUCGGGGAAGAUGCACAAAGGAUCAUGUAUCUGGACAUCUCAGCAGUCGAGCUUGGCGACGUGGCGAUGCAGGAAGACGCCUAA